GACACCGAAAUGGAUUACAAGCGGCUAUACUUCUUGUUCAGCCUGGUUUUGGCCCUGAUCUUGUGCAAUCUAGUGGGAGCCGAGGAGCAGGAAUCGGAAGUAAAGGUGGAAGUUAAAGCAGAACCAGAGGUUCCUCAACUCUUGGAGGCGGGAGAAACGGCCCAGAAUGAGUCCGGCGAUGAGAGUGUGAGAAAAGUGCGUCAGUUCUAUGCCCCACCACCAUUUGGACCACCGCCACCACCCUUCUUUGGACCACCGCCACCACCUUACUACGGCGGCGGCUUCUAUGGUGGCGGUGGCUUUGGCAGAACCCGGGUCAUCACCCGCACCCGGUAUCGUGGACGUGGAGGUUACUAUGGCGGCGGCUUCUAUGGCUAA